UCCCCCAUUCACAAAUUAUGAAACUGAGGCACAAAGAAGUUUAUGAAGUUGCUCAGGGUCACCGGGAUAUUAAUUGGUGAAGGGGAAAUUCCUACACAGACAGUGUUGCUCUGUAGUGCACAUUAGUCAUCACUGUGCUGUGCUCUCUCCUCAAGGAAGCCCUGGGCUGUACAAAGGUGCACACUGAGUGAGAAACCUUACCCAAUAUUUGGUCACAGUAAUGAUCCAAUUCCAACACUGGCUAGCAUUUUUAAAGUAACAUCGACGAGCUUGGAGAUUGUUGUUUAAUUCCAAAUAUACAAAUAGAAGUACCCAGCAGAAUAAAAUAAGAUGGGCUUUCACUGAUAGUAUCAUUUAUCAUAGACAGUUGGUCUAGGAAGGAUUCUAAGAUCAUCUUAUUUAAACUCCUUAUUUUCCAAUGAGUAAAUUGAGACAGACUUGUGACUAAAUUUAGAAAAUGACUAAAGCUCAUACUUUCUUACACUGUUUGGGCUUUUCCUUUGAGUAUGUUCCUUUUUGGAAUCUUGUCAGUGAUGUUCUUAAAUUUGACCACUCUCAUUGCCUAAGAAGCAUUAUAUACAAAACCCCAUUCCACUGUCUUCUACCUUUCUUUACAGUGUCUGUUUUCUCCCCCAUCACUGCCCAGUUUACCCCCAAUUGGUAUGAAAAUAGUGGCUGCUAAUGUACUAGUUGGUAAUUGUUAUGUGUCAGUUAACUUCAGUUCAAAAAUGUUUGCUUAAAAUAAGGAUCGUAUUGUAAGGGUACUCACCACAAAUCCUACCAACUUAAAGUGCUGACUGUAUGACAGUAGACUGUAGAAAUGUGUUAAGAGUUGUGGGAUAAGCAAAGAGGAAAUAGAAAAGAUUAUGGAUGCUUAAGAAAAGAGCAAUCUAUACCCAAAUAAUUGCUACAGGGAAUAGUGUGCUAAAUAAUUUUAUAGUGAUCUGAUACAUUUCAAAGUCCAGGCUUUUCAAAUUUAGUGAGAGAUUCAUAAAGACUGAACAACCUUUGAGGCAGGAAGGCCCACACUUCUAAUAGUGGAAUGUCAUAAUAUGUACGACAUAUUCCUGAAGAGGGGUUAUUUUUGGUGCUAUUAUUUGGUUUUAUAUAGAUUACACUGUAAAGGUACUCAUCACAAAUAUUAUCAACUCUAAGUACUGAUUCUAUUUCAAUUUAUUAAUUUAGAGUUUACCUUCGCCACCAGAGAAUAAGUUUCUUGAGAGCAGAAACCCUUUCCCUCUUUGUCAUUAUUUUGCUAACCUCUGUACCAAGCACGGUCAUGUUUAAAAGAGGAAUAUUAAAUGAAUGAAAGUCUGUUAGGCCUCUGACUGAUCUUCUCUACAGAAGGUCCACUAAGAUUUAGAGAUAGAACUUGUUAUUCGUAGGCCCAAUGCAGUCUUCUGAAAAGAAGUAGAAUUGUUAAGGGAAGACAUAUUAGGAUCUUUGGAAGAGAACCUCAGUAGACAUUCUUAAAUGUUUAUUAUGUAUAAGCCACUGUAGAAGAUUAACACUGAAGUGCUCCAUGACCUAAUGGACAUAUUCAUAGUGAUGUUCAUGAUUUCAUUACAGGCUUGUUCUCUUGAGCUCCCAUCUCUGAAACAGGUCUUGCAGAAGAAUAAAUGGGACACAGUAACAAUGUAACAGAAUUUGUCCUCCUGGGACUCACUCAGGAUCCUGAGGGCCAAAAAGUGUUAUUUGUCAUGUUUCUGCUCAUCUACAUUGUCACGAUGGUGGGCAACCUGCUCAUUGUCAUGACUGUUGUUGUCAGCCCAUCCCUUGGCUGUCCCAUGUACUUCUUCCUUGCCUAUCUGUCACUCAUGGAUGCUGUUUAUUCCACUGCCAUUUCUCCCAAAAUGAUUCUAGACUUACUCUGUGAUAAAAAGACUAUUUCCUUCUCGGCUUGCAUGGGCCAGCUCUUUAUAGAACACUUAUUUGGUGGUGCCGAGGUCUUUCUUCUGGUGGCAAUGGCCUAUGAUCGCUAUGUGGCCAUCUGUAAGCCACUACACUACUUGACCAUCAUGAAUCGACAGGUUUGCAUUCUGUUGCUGGUGGUGGCCUGGGUUGGAGGUUUUUUUCACUCUUUGGUUCAACUUCUCUUUGUGCACAGCCUCCCCUUCUGUGGCCCCAACAUCAUAGAUCACUUCUGCUGUGCUAUAUACCCAUUAUUGGAGCUCGCUUGCACUGACACCUAUUUUAUAGGCCUCACUGUUGUUGCCAAUGGUGGAGCCAUCUGUAUGAUAAUUUUUAUCCUUCUACUAAUCUCCUAUGGGGUCGUCCUAAGCUCCCUGAAGACUCACAGUCAGGAGGGGAGGCACAAAGCCCUGUCUACCUGCAGCUCCCACAUCACAGUGGUUGUCCUCUUUUUUGUUCCCUGUAUUUUCAUGUAUGUUAGACCUGUUUCCAAAUUUCCCAUUGACAAAUCCGUGACUGUGGUUUAUACAGUUAUCACUCCCAUGUUGAAUCCUCUGAUAUACACCCUGAGAAAUUCUGAGAUGAAAAAUGCUAUGGAAAAAAUCUGGGGUAGAAAUUUAACCACAGGUAGAGUAAGAAUGAGCAUCCACACUGAAAAUAACAUUGCUAAUUCUAAAGCAAGAAAUAGGCAACGAAUGAUCACAAUGAAUGAUUAAGUCAAUUCAAUGGAUUCUCUAGGAAUACUUCUCUUUGU